AUGGAUAAUCUCCAGCUGCCUUUGGACCACGACAUCGCCGACUUCAAACUCAGGCUCGCUCUUCAACACGACAACUCGCUGCCCUCUACAGUUGGUAUAAAGGAUAUUCUUCAAGACGAUGACUCGUCUGUGGAAGCCAUGUGGAAAAUAUAUAUGAAGGCCAAGGAUCUGUUACCGUGGAAGGAACGGAUGGAGAACUUGACUUGGAGGUUGAUGUAUAUGGAAAGUGACCAUCAAAAGCAUCAACAUCAACAAGAAGAACAAGAACCUCCUUACAAUCUGAUGUACAUAGAUCUGCAUCAGGAUGUGAAUCAUACUACGUCCUCUUCUUUGGACAUCAUCAGCAGUAGCAUCAACAACAACGUUAUCUACAAUUCGCCACUGAAACAACAACAGCAGCAACAUCAACAGCAACAACGGCAUGCCCUCGAUCAGGACUUUGAGAUGAAAGAACCGGACGAUAUCUUUGAAGAAGAGUUUGACUAUGCGUCUCAUAUCAAGAAGUUGGGCCAAGAGGUCAUUGAUGAUAUCAGUCCAAGGAAGAGGUCUGGAACAUCUCCUCAGACCUCACAAACUACACCACCUAAAACGUCAAAUUUGUCAAUGUCGUUACGGGGAUUACUCGGGCAACAGAACAACCACAACAACCCCAACAAUCUGAAUGAUGACAGCAAAAAAAUGUCGUCUUCGUAUGACUUCCAUUUAGACCCUAUGGCCCUCGAAGGACCAUCAGGUUCAUACUUAGAUAACGAUUUAGAGUUCCAACACAAGUUCUCGCCCCCAAGUCGUCCACAUACAACCAUAGGCCCCCAAUCAAUAUUGCAGAACUUCAAGCAGUUCUCCCACCACUCCCAAAUCCACCAACAGAUCAAUAAUCUGACCACCAACAUUGCUGACAGUGGUGGCGGUGGUAAUGGCGGAGGAGGAAGUUCCAGUGCCAUUUCAACGAAUAAUAUCCCCAGUUUCAAUAGAUCAAACCUGCUAUUCCGUCGAGACCAUUCGCUUGUUAACCUUAAUGACCAUUUUCCUAAUCUGUUUGCUGAUUUGUCAGACUCUACACCCUUAUCGUUGCCUACCGAUAGUUAUAUGACCAUGGGUCUAGACUCUUCACAUCGUCCGUUCAAUCACAGAUCGUCGCUGGGACUAAUGAGCUUGCCUCCGUCGUCCGCUGGUGGUGGUGGUGGUGGAAGCGGACGGUUCAACAUGCAAUUGGGAAGUGACAAUGAUAUCAACUUAGUAUCGCCAGAACACGAUUCCUAUUUCGAUGACCAUUUGAGUGCUAGUCAUUUACACAACGGAAAUAGCAUGCUUUCUAAGCAUUUCACAUCCUUUGAGGCCUCCAAUGUGAUGAUGAAUGGUCUAGAUAACAGUCAUGGACCCAUGGACCAACAAGUGUCAGUGAGUGCUAGCACCACUCCAACGUCUAAUUUCAUGGCAGGCAACUUGAAUUCAUCAUUAUCAGCAUCACUUACUUCAAACUCAUCCACGACUACAAUCACUCCAGUUUCAGCCAAGAAGAAUAAUAAUAAUGUUAAUACCAGCAACAAAAAGACCAAAUCUAAGAGUUUGAAUGAGCAGCCAGAGUUAUCAACUUCUUUACCUCAAACUGGCACAUCUAGCUUGUCGACAAGCCCCAAUAAAUUAACAGCAAUUAACAAUAAAAAGAAACUCACUUCAGGAGCUUCUAAGGAUGGCAGUGACAAGACCGGUGGACGUUCGAACAAGAAGAAAUCGGCUUCUCCCGAUUCCACCAAUGCCAACAUCCAAUGCACGAAUUGCCACACGAGAACUACUCCACUUUGGAGACGUAAUCCUAAGGGUGAGCCACUUUGCAAUGCCUGUGGGUUAUUUCUCAAGUUGCAUGGAGUUGUCAGACCGUUAUCAUUGAAAACUGACGUCAUUAAGAAGAGACAAAGAGGUCAGGGUACAAGCAGUCGGAAGAAUAGUUCUACUAAUUUGGCUGCUUCGUUAUCAGCAAUGUCGAACACUCCUCCCUCAACAGCUGGUUCUUCUUAUAUGACGAUGAAUAAAGGGGCCCUUUCUUCUACUAACCUUGGAAGCAAUCUGAAGCUUAAUUCUGUGGCUUCUUCCACCAACAUCACCAACUCCAAUGCCAACACCAACUCCAAUACCAGCAACUCUUCGUCUUCCAUUUACCAUGAUGGUGACGACUUUAAUCCUACAGCUAUAUUGGGCAACUCCAAAAAGAAGAAUAGAAAGCCUAAAGCAAGUGCUGCACAAGCCGCAGCCAAAGUCAAUGUCAAUUCCAAAGCGAACCGAAAGUCUAGUGCCAUGAACUCUCCCGCAAUCAUGUCUUCAGUGGGUACACCUUCAAUGGCCACCUCUUCCCAUCAACUGGAUAACAGUUUAUCCAAUACUCCUACGUCGUCUUCGCAUGUGAAUCCUUUGGAGUUUGAAGCUAGAGGAGGACUUCUGUAUGGCCAAAGUUCAAUGUCGCAGCCUUUUGAAUCUGUUGAUAUAGGUGCACCACAAAAUUCCCCCCACCCAUCCCAUUCACUUCAAUUUGAUCGUAUCCAAGGGUCCCCCCACUCUCCGUCUCAGUCUCAUUUCACCAACACAGAUGCCAUGGACGUGAUGCCCUCCAUUGAGGAAUCUGGUGAUCAUCGGAUGUCGCAGAACGGCAACGCUUAUUUGUUCGGACAAGAAGUCGAAUCUGGUGACGGGAAUUGGGAUUGGCUCAAGAUGGCACUUUAA